GGCUUCAGGAAGGUAAAGCGAUCCCUUCUCUCGUAGAUUAAUCGAUUCCGAUGACUUUUCAUCAUGUUUUCCUCUCUAUUUAGGGUUCGGUUUUGGGUUUAAAUCGAUUUGGGGAUAUUUGUGUUCGAAAUUAGGGUUUGCAAACGAUUUGGGUAUAAAUCGAAAUCAGGGUUUCAAAACGAUAAUUGUCUAAAUCUAUUUGAUGAGCUUCUCGUUUGUUCUUAUAAUAGGUUUCAAUCGAUUAGGUUUGAAAACCGUUUGUGGGUUGCUCGUUUGUUUUCGUUUCGUUUCAAAACCGUUUCUCGUUUGUUCUCGUUUCGUUUCAAAACCGUUUCUGGGUUGCUCGUUUGUUAUUAUUUGAUGAGGUUCUCGUUUCGUUUCAAAACCGUAUCGUUUGAAAACCGUUUCUCGUUUGUUAUUACUUGUUCUUUCUCAUGUUUGUUAUUACUUGUUAUUAUUAUUUGCUCGUUUCUCGUUUGUUCUUACUAACUAUAUUUAUUUUUGUUUCAGGUUUACGAAUCAUGGGACAAGAUUAUAGUUACAGUCAGCCCUCUUCAUCAGAGGUUGACAUGGACUCUCUUCUUCUAGAGGAAGCAGAGUUGUACGCGGAUGAAGCUCAGAGUAGCUACAACGCAGAGCCGGUUCAGUAUGAACCUGACCCCGAAGCUGAUGAAGGAAUCCCCACGAGAUGUUACUGUGGUGGUGAGCCGGUGGUGGGAACAUCCACCAAUUCUAAGCAUCCAUACAGGAGGUACUACACGUGCCCCAACGUUGAUGAUGGCGACUGCCACAUCUGGAAGUGGUGGGAUGUGGCCGUGGUGGAAGAGUUGCGGGACUUUCAGAGAGAGUUUAGGCAGUUAACUGAGCAAGUCAGUGAGAGUGAGCGGAAGCUGGUGAAGCUAGAGGAGUCAGUGGCUGAGUUAUCUAAGAAGAAACCAGUGGCUUCAAAUGGCUUAGAAGUGGUUGCUUGUCUACUGGUCAGUCUAAUAGUGAUAAUAUGUUUGGUUGUCUUCGUUCUGCCUGGAGGAGGUUCAAACGGUUCAAACGAGAGUGUAUGA